CCAUACACGCCUAAGAAAACUUUUUUGAUUGGAUGAAGAAAUCGAAUCGGAAGUUGUGUAACAUUCGGAAACCUUAUUAAAACUAUUUCCGGUUUAUCGAAGCCUCCCAACAAAAAUUGACAGACUACAGUGAUUUACCAAAUACUAAAAUCUUCAUAAAAAGUCAACAUAAUGUCGGAGGGGUUAGUGUGGAGUGUUAAAAAUGGCGACUUAAACGAAGUGAAGAAACUUCUAGAAGCCGAGAAAGGUAUAAUCAAUAAAGAUGUAUCUGGACGUAAACCUCUACAUUUUGCAGCAGACUAUGGACAAUCAGAAAUCGUUGAAUAUCUCAUCAAAAAUGGUGCUGAUGUCAACGCAUGUGAUAUUCAUGGUAUAAGUCCUCUACUAGCUGCGGUAUGGGAGGGUCAUAGUGAAUGUGUUAAAAUUCUCUUACAAAAGGGUGCAAAAAAAGAUGGCAAAUCUCCGGAUGGAACAUCGUAUCUAGAUUGUGCUGAAAAACAGGAAAUUAAGGACUUACUGAAGUGAAAUUAAGUGAUCUAGAAAAAAAAGACAAAAUGGAUGUGAUCUUUACAAAAUGAAGAUAGUCGAAUUUGUUAUUUUACUACUUUAAGACUUCCAAUCAUGUGUAUAAACAUUUGCUUCGUGAGGGUUUAGUAACUAGUGAUUUCUGACCAUUUGUCAUGCAACUCUCACUAUAUAUAUUAUAUGUAUAUAUUAUCAUUUAUACGGGCCUGGAAAUAACGGUUUAGAUGUACCGAACAAAAUGUCAGGCACUAAUGAAAAAGUACCCGACAUUUUCAACUUAGUGCCGGACAUGUAUUAAUAAUAUCAAUAAAAGAGAUAAAUCAGUGCCGGACAAAAUGACAGGCAUCAGAGGUUUAGUGCCUGACAAAGACUGAAUCUCUGUGCCUGACAUUGUCUGUGACAGGUGCCUUAUUUCCAGGCUUGCAUUUGAAGCAUGGAGGGGGGGAAUAUUGCAACCCAUUCAGCCUCAUAUAGAUAGAUUAUUAAUGAACAUAGGGGUACCGGUAUUUCAAGUAUUUUAGUUAAAAACUUUAUUUAUUUAUGAUAGUGAAUCGAACAAUUGGAAAUGGAGUCAGCUGAUUGGGCGUAAACAAGUACCACCUUACUACAAUCUGAUUACAAUACAGAUCUAUAUUUCGUUUCGUUUUUUUUAUACAUUCGUGUGGUCUACACUACAUGAAGUUCUGACAUCAGGGGUCAUAUGUGCAGCUUUUGAAUCUAUAACGUCAUGCAUUUGAUUAACCAAUCAGCAUUGAUGUUUCUAAUAGAUUACCCACAGUUCCAUGCAAAACACGCCUAAAGCUCGCCUUGACAGACCGUUUCAUUGGCUAAUCCCUAACAUUAUCCAGAGCACGUCAAUGAUAACAACUCUUCCAGAUCCUAGUGUAUUAAAACGAAAUUUUGAACUAUAAAAACGAAAUGAAAUGGGAUCUGUGUUUUAAUCAGAUUGGGUAUUUUCGCAGUUUGGGGUCAGUCGGAUUAAAAAGAGUCUUCUCAAACGAUUUAAGUAAAGAGAUUUGAAGUGGCUCUGUUGAGAAAUAUCUCUGAUCCAGAAACAACAAUUUAGUGAAAAUUAUAAGUAGCUCUGACCUAUUUUGACGGUAUCCCUUCCUGCAGUACAUGCCAUAGAAUGAUGACAGAUUUUCAAUUCAUCUUUGUCAAUACUGAGAGUAAUUGAAUCAUUUUUUGACAAAAAUUCGGUUUCGAUAUUCAACUUUGUGAAAUGACGAUCAUAGACUGUAAUCCCUAAAUGGCUAAAUCUAUUUGUUAAGGCCAGCUUAGUUUCUGUCAAGGUCGCUGAGAUGUAAAUAAAGUUAGGGCACAUAAUUGUUUGCGAGAUUGUAAGUUAGGGUUAGAAUAAGCUUUGGGGCUAGGUACGGGUUAGGGUUGGGAUUAGAGCUAGCCUUGUUUACAUCUCGUGAUAUAUGACGAAAAAUUAAGCUGGCCUUGUUAAUUAGCACUGACCAUCCAUGAAUGAAUUAUUUCACUGAUCUUAUUUCACACAUCCUGGCUUUUCCCCUCGUAUUCUAACCCAAAUUAUAAUUUUGUUAUUGAGUUACAUGUACAUGUAUAUUAGAGUAGAAAUUAAUUGAUUUGUUUUUGCUUGAUAUUGAGAUUAUUGUAUUAAUUUAUUUCUAUGAUUUGAAUGGCUUAAUUAAGGCGAGUGUAUUUUGUUUUGUUCUGUCUCAAAUCUCGCUUCUCGAGAAACCAGUAUACCAUGAUGAUGCUUAACUCUCUCUAUAACACCUGAUAUCACUUCCUGUAUGAGAAAUUCAUAUAGUUAACAUUAUAUUAAUGAUCAUGUUUAAGAUAUAUUACAAAACUUCCAUUGAUAAUGUGUAACUCUUUCUAAAGCACCUGAUACUGUCUGAGAAUUUCACGUAGUUAACAUUAAUGAUCAUGUUUAUGAUGUAUUGUAAAACUUCCAUUUUUUUAACGAAAAUCUUUUGGUAAAUUCUGUUUAUAAUUUCAUACGUUUCUAUAAAAGUAAUAAGUAAAACAUCCAUACUGUUCAUAAAAUUUUUGGUUCAAGAAACUUUUUUAUAACAAUGUGAAAAAUAUUAUGUAUGUGUUGUACAUUAUGUGACAUCUUUAGUGCUUUUUAUCUUUCGCUACUAAUUACUAGCCCGUCUUCAUUCGCUGUUAAGAUGUAGAAAAAUAAGACGCUAAACUCCUGUUUACAUGUAUAAACUAAUUUACUAAUUAACUCUUGUGACUGCCAUUUUUGUUUCUGUGAAGUUUUAUAGCAUGUACUACACCCUAAAACUUAUAUUUCAUUGAAAACCAAACCACUUUCAAUCCUGGAUAUGAUGAAUUAUGUCAAAAUUUCUGGCACUAUUGAAUGUUGUAUCUGACAUUUUGGGCUGUCCAAAAAUAUUGCUGUAUAGAUAUAUUGCAAUACGAUCGAUCGUCCGCGAUACACUGUAUCGAUAAAUUUUUGCCGUAUCGAUAUUUUUUUUUAAACAAAUGUUAGCUAGACUUCAUUAAUCAGUCAUAUUAUUUAUAUUAGGCUUGGCAGUAAACAUUAGCCUAAGUCUGCUAAGCCAAGACCAAGCUUGUAAAAACAAAUAAAGUGAAAAUGUGUAUUCACAUUGUCAGUCAUAUUAUAAGCUUUGCAGUAAACAAUAAAACUAUUCAAAAUAAAACUGUGCUUUGUGAUAAACCCUGACUUUAUCGAAGUAUUGCAAUACGAUUUUUGGCGCAAUAUACAGCCCUAACAUUUAAAUUUAUAUCAAGAGACCAAAUGAUGCAGAACAAAAUGACAGUGAAAAAAGGAACCGUACCUGACAAAGCCUGAAGUUGUGGCUGACAUUAUCAGUGGAAAGUGCCUUAUAUUUCCAGGCUUGGGUUCCUUUUUUUCACAAAAUUGUAACACAAGGAAUGCUAAUGAUUUUAUUACCAAUAAAUACCAAUGUUCACGUAAUUCCCAGUCCAGUGAAAAAUAUCAAUUUUCAGGGGCCAACACUAAUAAAAGGACCAAAAUUCACUUUGAAUUUGAAAAGUCCACCACAUUCUGAUCAUGUGUUAAAUGAAAAUGAAUUAUUGACAGGCCUGGAAAUAACGGUUUUAGAUGUACCUGACAAAAUGUCAAGCACUAAUAAAAUAGUACCUGACAUUUUCAACUUAGUGCCGGACAUGUAUCAAU